AUGGAUGAUGAGUUCAAUGUAACAUAUAUAACUUUUGGUGGGCAUGUCGAAGUGGACAAGUACAGAUAUGUGUAUUUUGUGAUUAUGUUCAUAGUAUAUAUUCUAAUAAUAUGCAGUAAUUCCACUAUUGUGUACCUUAUCUGGGUUCACAAAAACCUUCAUGAGCCUAUGUACAUUUUCAUUGCAGCUUUGUUACUGAACUCUGUCCUUUUCAGCACUGCUGUCUACCCAAAGCUUUUGAUUGACUUUUUAUCUGAAAAACAGAUCAUAUCAUAUUCUGCGUGUCUCUUUCAGUUUCAUGUAUUCUACUCUCUAGGUGGUUCAGAGUUCUUACUGCUGGCAGUCAUGGCUUAUGACAGAUAUGUUUCAAUAUGUAAACCUCUGAAAUAUCCAACUAUCAUGACCAAAACAACUGUCAGUAUUUUCCUGGUUUUAGCUUGGGUUCUGCCUGCUUGCCAGAUGGCAGUGCCAGCUGGUUUGAGUGCUAAUGAAAAACUUUGUAACUUUAUUUUAAAAGGAGUUUUUUGUAACAACACAGUUUAUAAACUUCAAUGUGUGAUCUCAAAAGCACGUUUUGUACGAGAUAUGAUUAUACUGGUUAAUGUUGCACUUGUCCCUGUGCUUUUCAUACUUUUUACAUACACUAGGAUAUUCCUAAUAACUUAUCAGAAUGGUAGAGAAGUCAGAAAAAAGGCUGCACAGACUUGUUUACCGCACUUGAUCGUUUUGGUAAACCUUUCCUGUUUGUGUGUUUAUGAUGUCAUUAUAGUUGGACUGGAACCUGUUUUUCCAGAAAUUGUUCAUCUAAUAAUGACUUUACAAAUUGUUUUGUAUCACCCUCUAUUUAAUCCAAUCAUGUACGGAGUAAAGAUGAAAGAAAUUUCCAAACACCUUAAGAGGUUGUUCUGUCAAGCCAAAAUGAAGUAA